AGAAAGGCUCUCGUGAACACCACGAAUGAAGAAAACGCGUUUACACCGGGAGUUUUCUUGUUAACAGAGAAGUUUUGAACAUCGAAACGCGGCUUUAUUUUUAUUGAUUUUUUUAACAAAUCGCCGGAGCAGGAAUAAGGAGAGGAAAUCCGAAACGCUUGCAUUAAUUCCCUCAGCCAUUUUGCCCGUGGCUAUUUAUUCUCGGUAUGCAACCUAACCGCAACUCCGUGCCAAAGAAGUGAAGCGGAGAUGGGUCUGCUCUGCAACAUCUGAACUCAACUAUUUCCAGCGCUGCGUUGCUUGUGUUGACAGUGGGGUGGAAAGGAUGGAGUGCUACCUGUUGGGGAUUUACCUGUUCCUCGCGCUUGCCCUGCUGCCCCGGUCGAGCGGCACCACGGCCAAGGAGAUCACCUGUCAGGAGAUAGCCGUUCCUCUGUGCAAGGGCAUCGGCUACAACUACACCUACAUGCCGAACCAGUUCAACCACGACACGCAGGAUGAAGCCGGCUUGGAGGUGCACCAGUUCUGGCCUCUGGUGGAGAUCCAGUGCUCCCCGGAUCUCAAGUUCUUCCUGUGCAGCAUGUACACCCCCAUAUGCCUGGAGGACUAUAAGAAACCCCUGCCGCCGUGCCGGAGCGUGUGCGAGCGAGCGAAGGCUGGUUGCGCCCCGCUCAUGCGGCAGUACGGCUUCCCCUGGCCGGAUCGGAUGAAGUGCGAUUCGCUGCCGGUGCAGGGCGCGCCAGACACGCUGUGCAUGGACUACAACCGAACCGACUCCACCACAGUGUCGCCGGUGCUGUCCAAACCCACGAACUACCCGAGCAAAGCCAUUAACCCACACAAAAAGAAAAGCGGGCGCGCUGGCGUCGGACCCAAAGCGACUAAACCCUGCGAGCCCGGCUGCCAGUGUCGCGCGCCGAUGGUGGCGGUAAACAGCGACCGACACCCGCUGUACAACCGCGUGAAGACGGGUCAGAUCCCCAACUGCGCCAUGCCCUGCCACAACCCGUAUUUCACCCAGGACGAGCGGACUUUCACGGCCUUCUGGAUCGGACUUUGGUCGGUGUUGUGCUUCAUAUCCACCUUCGCCACCGUCGCCACCUUUCUAAUCGACAUGGAGCGGUUUAAAUACCCCGAGCGCCCGAUUAUUUUCCUUUCGGCGUGCUACAUGUUUGUGUCGAUCGGGUACAUCGUGCGAUUGAUCGCAGGGCACGAAAAAGUGGCCUGUAACCGGGAGUAUGACGUGGAGCACAUUCACUACGAAACCACCGGCCCCGCGCUGUGCACCGUUGUGUUUUUGCUGAUUUAUUUCUUCGGGAUGGCCAGCUCGAUAUGGUGGGUCAUCCUCUCGCUCACCUGGUUUCUCGCAGCGGGCAUGAAGUGGGGCAACGAGGCCAUCGCGGGGUACUCUCAGUACUUCCACCUGGCCGCUUGGCUCAUCCCGUCCAUGAAGUCCAUCGCCGUGCUCGCGCUGAGCUCGGUGGACGGCGACCCGGUUGCGGGGAUCUGCUACGUGGGCAACCAGAACUUGGACAACCUGCGGGGCUUCGUGCUGGCGCCGCUAGUGAUCUACCUGUUCAUCGGCACCAUGUUUCUUUUGGCUGGAUUUGUGUCGCUCUUUAGAAUCAGAAGCGUCAUUAAGCAAGGGGGCACUAAAACGGACAAACUGGAGAAGUUGAUGAUCCGAAUCGGGAUCUUCACGGUGCUCUACACGGUUCCCGCCACCAUCAUCGUGGCGUGUUACUUCUACGAGCAGCAUAACAGACAGAGUUGGGAGAUCACACACAACUGCUCGUGCUUAUUAGAGCAGGAGAUAAAGAGGCCGGACUACGCCGUCUUCAUGCUCAAAUACUUUAUGUGCCUUCUGGUGGGCAUCACCUCUGGAGUUUGGACCUGGUCCGGGAAGACCCUGGAGUCCUGGAGGAGUUUCUGCACGCGCUGCUGCUGGGGCAGUAAGGGCUCCGGUGGCUCCAUGUACAGUGACGUCAGCACGGGAUUAACGUGGAGGUCCGGUACCGCCAGCUCAGUGUCGUGCCCCAAACAGAUGCCUUUGUCCCAGGUCUGAAACAAGAAAACCCUAUUAAUUGUUUGGGAGGGGGGUCUCUUUAGCCUUUCAGUCAUUUGCAUACAAAUGAACUUGUUGAUGGUUUCUAUUAGCUGAAGAACUGGUUGAAACAAUGCAGAAACAAUUGCGUUUCGCUAAUUCCAUUCUAUUGAUAUGGACAUGACAUGCAAUCAGUCAUUCUUAAGGAGAAUUUGGGCAUUAUUGUUCCUAGUGGAGUAACACACGUCCCCAACUUGCAGCAUUUGUCUCCUUUACACUCUCUUUUUUUCCGAGAUUUACGCAUUUCAAUUAAUAGUAAAAAUCCAUCCGAUUGAAAUAUUCCUUACGUGAAGAAUUGUGAAAAACUAGAGUUUAAUAAAACAUAAUCUUAAUGGGACAUUUAGGCUAUAGUUUAUGUGAUAUUCACAAAUAAAAUAAAUAAUAUGUAAGGACUAAUCAAUUCGAUUGAAUCUUACUAAUAACAAUCGAAAUGAAAAUCUUGAAAAAAAGGCGUAAUAUUUUUCGGAGUGUACUUUUACACGUUGUUGUAAGACAAGUUUUGAAUUGUCUGAACAAUCAAAGAUGGUUUAAAUAAGCCUUAAUGUCUUAGUGCCCAAUUGUUAUUGUUGUUAUUGUUAUUAUAUACGGGUUGUUGUUUUUUUAAUGCGAAAUGUAUUUAUACAAACUUGUAAAUGGUGUAUAAAAGAAGAUUUAUAAAUUUAUUGUACAUUUGUAUAUAGUGUAGAUGCCACAUGGAAAGCAAAUAUGCCUUUUAUUUUGACAAUAAAAACUUUUUGAGGAA